AUGCGCAGUAGUGGUCUGUAUACGUACCUGGGAGUAGAGAUUUCGAAGGAGUGCUCAUGGGACGCACACAUAGCAAAGUUGAUUGGGAAGGGUAAAGCUCAGAUAGGCAAGAUGGACGAGAUCCUUACGGACCCACACCUAGACACUAGGAUUAAGAGGUGUGUUCUCUUGAAUGUGAUUGUACCUAAGCUAGAGUAUGCAGGAGAGGUAUGGGAAGGUAACGAAAAGGCCGUCAAGCAGCUGGAAACGGUGCAGAUGGCAGCGGCCAAGAAAAUACUAGGAUGUUCAAGUACAACGAGCAACACUGUAUUGAGAGCAGAACUGGGAAUGUACUCUCUUAAAACAAAGAGAGACAUGCAAAAGUUGAAUUGGCAGUACAAGGUAAGUAGAAUGUCGGACGAUAGACUACCAGCCAUGGUUGACAAGGCAGCUUGGGGAAAAGCGACUCCAGGGAAGAAAGGAAUCAGAUGGGACAAGGUGGUAGAGAGGGUUUGGAAGGAGAUAGGAGACGAGGAGGAGACAUUGGACACGGAAGGGUUCGGGGGGUUCAAGAAGAAAGUCAAGGAGAUGCUAGAAAGUAGGGAGGAGGCAACCCUUCGGAAGAAGGUACGAAGCGAAGACCACUUGGAGAUAUACGGGAAGUUGAAAGAAGGGAUAGGGAUGAGUUAUUUGGACGGCCCCAUGGACUACGCAAAAAAACUGAAGUUGCAAUUUCGAGUAGGCGAUCUGGACUUGCCAGAACGGAGGAAGAGGUACAGCAGCCGUAGCAGAGAGGAAGAGGAGGAUCGACAGACAUGUCCAUGUGGCAAAUCGGAGGAGAGUAGGCCCCACAUAGUUGGGGAGUGUGAG